UUGUAAUAGACAUAGGUAUGCUCUAAUAAUUACUUAAGAGGUUUGGCCUACGACGCUACAUCGUCUAGGAUAUGCGAAAUACAGAAACGAUACAGGAACAAUAACAGAAACAAUACAGAAACAUUACAAGUCGCCAUGGCACAAAAAAGAACUAUUCUAAUUACCGGCUGCUCAGAUGGCAGUUUGGGCUCAGCGCUCGCCCUCGCCUUUCACAAGACUGGAUGGCGCGUUUUCGCAUCGGCUCGCAACCCAUCUAAACUAAAAGAAGCCGAAUCCGCUGGUAUCGAGACCAUACAACUCGAUGUUCUGUCCGAAAAUUCCAUCGCGGAUGGCGUUGCCAAAGUCAAAGAGCUCACGGGCGGCUCGCUCGAUGCUCUCUUCAACAAUGCUGGCGCCGGGUAUUCUCUACCCCUGAUGGACAUCGAUAUCGGGAAAGCCCAGGAGCUAUUCGACUUAAACGUCUUUUCAAUAAUCAGAAUGACUCGUGCUUUUCUUCCACUCCUCAUCGAGUCGAAUGGCAUGGUAGUCAAUCAUACAUCAGCAGCGUCGGUGCCAGCCGGUGCCCUUCCCUUCCAAGGCGCCUACAAUGCAUCCAAGGCCGCCGCCGCAAGCCUUACUGAAGCCAUGCGGCUAGAGCUGGCGCCUUUCGGAGUCAAGGUGAUCAACCUUAUAACCGGCUUUGUGCAGUCGACCUUCUUCGACAACGCGCCCACUGCUAUUCUACCUCCUACCUCGUUAUACAACAUAGCCAAGGAGGCCAUUGAGAAAGCCAUGGGAUACGACGCCACUACUAAGAAGGUCAGCGAUCCUAUCCAGUGGGCAAACCAGGUCGCUAAGGAUGUUAGUCGGUCUCAUCCGCCUCAUUGGGUAUGGCGUGGUCAAUACACGUUACAAGUUCGACUUGCCUCGCUCCUCCCCAUUGGGUUCUUUGAUGGCCCCAAGAAGAAAUUAUCAGGAUUGGAUGUCCUAGAGCGUAAAAUUAAAGAGCAAGGAGGAGCGAGAAGGUCAAGACAUCAUGAUGCGAUGCUAUCAGCUGAGUGAAUCUUAUAUCCGUUGGAUAUACCAGGUGCUAUUAUUGUGAAGGGAAUGGAGUAUAUUAAUAACAAAAAAUAUAUAUAAAAAAGACAUUUAUUAAGAAUUUUUGAAAGCUUUCUGAUGAAAAUAUCUA